AUGGCUUUGCUUCUCCUCACAUACGUUUAUUUAUGUUUUUUNUUUUUUCAGGUGAUGUAUAUAGGGAUUAUCAGUUUGUUGGCACUUGUCUUCAUCACACACUCUCUACCUGAAAGGCCGAGUUUUCCUACAGAAGAGCUCUGUGACCUUUACCGAGAAAAAUGCGAAACGAAACUGAAAAAGCUCAACUGUAAAGCGCGGGCAUUAGAAUGUCUCGACUACGCGAAUAAUGGCUUGAGAAUUACCUGGAACUUCUGUAAGUUUGAGGUCAUGGUGUAUCUUGGAAGAAACUGGUCAACGCCAGACAGUUUGCUCUUUUUGUUUUUCAUAGGUGAUCAAUGUUCUCGAGCCGUAACCUCUUAA